AUGGUUUUCGAAAUACCCAACCGCGACCGCAGCGACAGCCGUAACCGCAAUGAGAACCGGAACCGCGACAGCAACCGUCGUCAUUAUGAGACCUACGAGCACACCAUCAACCCAACUUUGAUGUUUGGUCUAGACCGCCUCCGUGAUGGUCUUGAGCUUUUCUACGGCCGUAACAACUUCACUGUCGUUGGUGACAUCAUGCAGUUUACCAUUCGUGUCCAUCUUCCCAUGCCUGAGAACUUGGUCCAGCGCCUUCAGGAUGAGGGCUUUCUCCGUCGCGAGCCGCUGGAAGCUGUUCCAAAGGCUGUGAAGGAUCGCAUCAAGGCGAACGGCUGGUAUCAGAUGCGGCCUUAUGAUCGGGAGGAGCCUUAUUAUGGGUGAGUUGUUGGGGGUAAGUGUUGAUG